AUGGCUCUCAGAGGGUUCGAAAAAUCGGGAUUACUCACAAGAGACCAAGAAGAUGACUCGUUCUUCUCCGGCGGCCUCCGAUAUCCCACCAAGAAGACCUACUCGCCAGGUACUGAAUGUAAAGGCCAUGGGGCUAGCGGCCGGAGGCAAACUGGGUAUUUCAUUCCAUACCAAACCCGUUGCGACAUUGAGAUUUCCAUGCGCUUUAGUAUUGUUGCUGACCAUGGUACAGUCCAGGACAUCAUCGCUGACCAUAAUGCCCCAACAAAUUGGAAUCUCAAUGCCGCUCGUCUGAUCAAUGUCCAUAUCCUGGAUCCGGCCAGCUGCGAGGCCGUCACCCACAUUGUACCCCCACCGAUUCCCAUGAGUGCCUAUGAGGCCGUGCUUUCCAAAUUGCCUUUCUUCGUCGUCGAAGAACAAAUCGAUAACCGCCUCGAGGGUGGAGAGUUUGACAAAGUCAAGUCCGUUAGCAAGAUGGAUGAGACAAAGGGGGUUGCAUCAGAGCCUUCGCUGGAUCCAAACCAGCCAGUCAUGUGUAGCAGCUGCGACAAGAGACUGUGUGACUGCGUGUGA